UUGUGGGAACAGAUAAGCGAGCGACAGUGAAAGACAGUUCAAGGAGAAACAUCAUUUUAGUACUGAGAAACUGGAAACUAAUUUCCGGAACUCCAAAGUCUCAAAGAGAAGUUUGAGUGGCAAAAAAUGGAGGAGAAGAUCACCAUGACUGAGAGAUGGCUGAGAAAGCACAGUUUGUUGUAUGUUGGAGCUACUAGACACCCUUUUAUCCGCAGCAUUCGAGAUGGGAACAUUGAUCUUUCCUCUUUUAAAACAUGGCUGGGGCAGGAUUACAUAUUUGUUAGAGCUUUUGUGCCGCUUGUAUCAAGUGUGUUGACUAACGCUUGGAAAGGAUCAGAUGAUAGUAGUAAUGAUAUGGAAGUGAUAUUAGGAGGUAUGGCUGCUUUAAAUGAUGAGAUUGCAUGGUUCAAGAAAGAAGCCUCCAAGUGGGAUGUUCACCUCUCAAAUAUUGUUUCUCAGAAAGCAAAUCAAGAAUAUUGCCGAUUUCUGGAGAGCUUGAUGAACCCAGAAGUCAAAUAUACUGUUGCAAUCGUAGCUUUUUGGGCAAUUGAAGCUGUAUAUCAGGAGAGUUUUGCACACUGCUUGGAAGAUGGUUGUAAAACCCCAGCGGAGCUUCAGGAAACUUGCCAAAGAUGGGGCAAUGAAGGUUCUGGUCUAUACUGUAAUUCUCUCAGAAAAAUUGCUGAUCGACAGCUACAGAAGGCUUCUGAUGAUGUGAAAACAAAAGCUGAAGUGGCAUUCUUGCGUGUUCUUGAACAUGAAGUUGAUUUCUGGAAUAUGAGCUAUGGAGGAACCUGAACUCUGAAAAACCUGAUAAGAGUUGAGUAGGUAGCUCUCCUUCCUCAUCUAAAUUGAAGCUGCCAAUUAUUACUUGAGGAGUGUUGAAUAGAAAAGAAUAUCUGUAAGAGUUGGCUGCAUGCUUGCACAAUAUCAUAAGCAUUAUAGCAUUGGUCAAGGUCUGAAUAGUUUUAUGCUAUAUCUACAAUCUGUUGAUCAAUCUAUAGUUUGCUAUAUAUGUAUAUCAUGGUUUCAAGAAUCUGAUCAUGGGUGAGAAAUCUUUCUCACCUUGAACGGCAUCAUACUUUUGACUUGACAUCCAAGAGUUUUCCAUUAAAAAAGAUUAUUCUGAAAAACAGCAAAAGCUUGUCUGAUUUUAAUGGUUGUGGACUUGUCGAAGCUGAAGAUUUCAGAUAUGUCUGCAAGUUUUACAAAUCCAACUUUCCUUCAUUGGCAAGAAAGGGAGAAUCUCUCAACUAGACUUUUUGAAGUUGAAUAAUUGUUUCUUUGAUUGACUCUGCACAAAUGUUAAGCUUGCAGCUUGAUGUACUAUAUAUAUACCAGCAAC